UACAUCACCAUCUGCAAACCACUGCACUAUGCGACAGUGAUGAACAGGAGAGCUUGUCUGCAAAUGGCAGCGAUGGCCUGGAGCGCUGCUCUUCUGAACUCUGCCCUGCACACGGGGAACACCUUUAGGCUGCCCUUCUGCCACUCCAACAUCGUCAACCAGUUCUUCUGUGAAAUCCCCCAGCUCCUUAGGAUUUCUUUCUCAGAGCUGUUUACUAGUGAAAUUCAGAUUAUUAUCUCUAGUGCAUGUUUAGGUCUUGUUUGUAUUGUGUUUACAUUUGUGUCUUAUAUUCAGAUAUUCACUACUGUACUUAGACUCCCCUCUGAGCAGGGCCGGCAUAAAGCAGUUUCCACCUGUCUUCCUCACCUCUUUGUUGUUGCCUUGCUGGCUAGCACUGCUCUGAUUGCCUAUAUGAAGCCCACAUCUGGGUCCCCAUCAGCUCUGGACCUCGUGGUGUCUGUUCUCUAUUCCAUGAUCCCACCA